GGGCGGGAAGAACUACCCAAUUUGGCGGGAAAGCUGUCUCUUCUUAUAACCACUUUAGCGCGCGAAGCCGUUUCCACAGUCUCCGCCAAAACAACGAAAAUAUCAGCAAUUAUUAUUUUCAAAAAAAUGGGCGGACCACCGUACGAUUGCUUGGCAAACCCUCUAGGAGCCGUCCGAUUAACGUUCGACAAGGCCAUGGCCUCCGGUUCGCAGGCUUCGUCUCUCGACGGCAAAGAUUGGGGCGCCGCUGACCUAUUCCGUCACUUCCUCUUUGACCAAUCGAAACUCUCUCAGGUUCCGAUUCUUAAUCCGGCGAGUUUAAAAUGGAUUCAACCGAAUACACUGGUUAGGUUUCGUGGAAUGAUUCAAGAUAUGUUAGGAAAUGAAUUCUAUGUCGGUGCUUACAAGGAUGAUUCGGUUUGGAGGACGAACAAAUACAUGGAUGUUGCUCAGUUUCCUGUAGGAUCCUCGCCUGAAAUGCGAAUUUGGGAACGGAAAUUGUUCUAUUGUGUUCCGGUUCCGGGGCUGAAUUCGUGGGCUGAUUCUGUUUCCCAGGUAGCUAAUGAUACACAUGUGAAUUGGAUAUCCCAACAAACAGAUAAGCGUGGAAGAAUGGACUUUGAAGCUGUGGACCACCAAAAUGUACAUGUUUCAGGUGAUAUGCUUGAAGAUAUUCCAAUCGCAAAAAGGAUGAGAGAGUAUAGCCAUCCUUCCCCAUCUUCUCAGUCUCAUAACUGCAUGAUUGCGGGCGCAUGUUCUAGCAAAGCUGUAGUGCCAGAUGUUAACAAAAAUUCUUUUCCUUGUCUUGUAAAGGUUUAUGAUUCCCCUGAGUCUGACUUGAAGCUGAACGAUGUCUUUGAAUUUGUUGGUAUUCUUACCUAUGAUUCGGAGCUUGCUGUGGAGGAGGAUGACUGUGACCAUUUUUCUGAUGAUGCAUUGGUCCAUUUGCCACCUAACACGGUGCCACGCCUCCAUUGUAUUAUUCAUCGGAAGCUUGCGCUGCAUGACUUCCUGCAGAGUUCCCCUGUAAUUGAGCCAAAGAGCCAUUUGUUUAAAGAUGCGAGGGAAACUUUAUUGAGACAUCUAACAACUAUUCUUGGCAACGAUGGUGUAGCAGCAAAUUUUAUGCUGUUGCACCUUCUAUCGAGGGUACAUUCUAGGGUAGGCAAUGUUGCAGUGGGGAAGCUUUCAUUAAAUCUUACCUGUUUGAGUAAAGAGAGCAUUUCCAUAUUUGGCACUCGUCUUAAAACUGUUAUCGAGAACCUGGCUCCUUUUACAACAUGCCUACCCCUCAGUGUGGAAUAUCUUAACAGGGAUUAUUUUGCACCCAAAAAGGAUUAUCAGGCGAACAGAUUAAUACCUGGAGUCCUGCAGCUUGCUGAGGGAACACACUUGAUUAUAGAUGAGACCCAGUUGGAAACAGGAACCCUUAACUCUGUUGGAGUUGACAAUGCAAGGCUGCUAAAGAAUUUGAUAGAGACUCAAAAGGUUGAGUAUGAUUUUACAUACUAUAAGAUGGAGAUGGCAGCUGAUGUCCAACUGUUAAUCUGGUCAGAAGGGAAAUCAAACAUAUUGCCGGCUGAUGUAAUUAUUCCUUUCCAGCCAUCUUCAGCAGGUUCCUCAGAAGUCGCAAUUAAAGAAACGCUUGAUUCUUGGAGAUGGUACUUGGCUACUGUCAGAUCAUUGCCCCAUUCUAUUGAGACCGAAAUUCAGAAGGAGAUAGAAAAUGACUUGGUUGCUGCAAGGCAAGCCGAUCGAAGUUUAGGCAGCGAAGAUUUUAGCAGAAUGUUGACAAUGGGACGCCUUAUAUCCGCAAGCUUUGGCGACGUCUCACUGUCGAUUGAGCAUUGGCAAAUGGUGAAGGAAUUAGAGAGGCUAAGGAGGGAGAGACUAAAUUGAAAUUAUCCAUUUCCAUUACUGAUUUACUGGCAUUGGCACAAUUUUUCUCACAUAUAUGUAUUUAACUGGUUAAGGUGUAAUGUGAUGAACAAUUAUAUAAUGUAUAGUACAUAUGAUUUUGAUCAUCAAAUGUUUGCAUUGAGGAUCCAUAAUGUAUGGUUACCCGACUUUACUUA